CGCCUUUGACUCCUUCACUCUUUCUAUUGACAGUCGUCAUGCCUCAUGUUCAGGAAUUAGGUAUGGAAGUGCCAGAUAGCCCUCAAUGCGAUCCCCAGAAGAUCCGCAUCAUUCACGUUGGCAUGGGCGCUGCAGGCAUGCUCUGCGCGUUCAAGGCCCGGAAGAUGCUAAAGAACUUUGAACUCGUGUGCUAUGAGAAAAACGAUUCUGUUGGUGGCACAUGGUAUGAAAACCGAUAUCCAGGUUGCGCAUGCGAUAUUCCAGCGCAUACGUAUACAUUUCCUUGGUUUCCGAAUCCGGAUUGGAGUGGUUACUACGCGUACGCGCCCGAAAUUCAUGAGUACUUUUUGAGGUUCUUUCAUGAGAACAAGCUAGAGCCAUACGUCAAAACUGGAAUAGAGGUCACGGGGGCCGAAUGGGACAGCAUGAAAGGCAUAUGGACGGUCGAGUUGAAGAACCGCAAAGAUGGCAGCAUCUUCUAUGACACCUGCAAUGUCUUGAUCAACGGAUCUGGCGUUCUCACAAAGUGGAAGUGGCCAUCCAUCCCAGGUUUACACGACUUCAAGGGAGUGCUCGCACAUACAGCAAACUGGCCCGAGGGCCUAGACUGGAGUGGCAAGCGAGUGGCGGUCAUAGGCACUGGCAGCUCUUCAAUUCAGACCGUGCCCAAAGUCGCAGAAACAGCUUCGAAGCUUACCGUCUUUAUGCGCAACAAGACUUACAUAGCUCCCCAAUUUGGCGCCAACAUCACGAACACAGAAGCGGAUCCGGACGCUCAGGAUCCCGCGGCUGCUGGGAAACAUCGAUAUACGGAAAAGGAGAAGAAACGGUUCCGAGAAGAUCCAGAAUACUUGCAAGCCUAUCGCACGCGUAUGGAGAGCUCAUUCGCGGGAGGAUGGUCCAUGUUCUAUCGAGGCUCCGAACUGAACUUGAAGUUCAAGGAGUUUACGCAAAACCAAAUGAGGGAACGUCUAGGCACACGCGACGACAUCAAGGAUUUGCUCAUUCCUAAUUGGAGCCCCGGAUGCCGCCGGUUGACUCCAGGGGAGGGCUACCUCGAAGCUUUAACAAGGGACAAUGUCGAAACUAUCUGGGGUGAGAUUUCAAAGGUUACCGAGAAAGGUCUGGUGACGGAGUCGGGACGAGAGGUGGAAGUAGACAUACUCAUUUGCGCGACUGGAUUCGACGUUCAAUAUCUCCCGCACUUCCGCAUCAAGGGCAUUGGCGGCCGAAUCAUGCAGGAACAAAAAGAUCCCAACAUAUACGCCUCGAUAGCCCAUCCUGGCUUCCCCAAUUACUUCGUCAUUAACGGCCCGCGAGGAAAUUGGGGUCAAGGCUGCGCUUUGCCGUCGCACGAGGUGCAGGUUGAAUACGCGAUCCAAUGCGCGAAGAAGAUGCAAGAGGACCGGAUCAAGUCCAUGCAUCCGAAGCAGAAUGUGACAGAUCAGCUGAACGCGUAUGAAGACGCAUGGCACGCGAAGCACUCCAUCUGGUCGGAGGAUUGUAGAUCGUGGUACAAGGACAACACGAAGGACGGAAGGGUGUAUAUCUGGUCGGGAUCGAUGCUGCAUCAUCUAAAGUUCAUGAAGCGGCCGCGAUAUGAACAUUACGAGAUUGAGUACAACGAUCCGGACAACAUAUUUGCCUUUCUAGGAAACGGAAGGACAAUUAGCGAAGACAAGUACGCUCCAAACAUUCCCGUUCCUUACAUCCGGAACAGGGAGGACGUGGUUUGGGACAUUGAGUAGUUGAGACCCUGCUUGGGAUAUUCUUUACUGUACACAUAUGUAUGUACAUGUAUAUGAGCC